ACUUGCUCUGCUCUUGACAAUCUUUGAUUCUUCCCACAUGUGAUUUUGUGCUUUUUACUAACAGUUUUUACUGUUAUUACUUAAUUCUGGGAAUUAAGGCCCUGUUGUAAUAUACAAUACUGUAACUUGUUGAAGAUGCAGAAAAUGAAAAGAAAACUCGGGGAAGGUGACACUCCUUCCCCCAAAAAGAAGAAAGUUCAAUUCACAGAAGGUGCGAAAGAUGAUAAGUCUGAUACCGCUGCUGAAAAAAAGACGAAAAAACCAAAAAAUGCAGAAGGUAAAAAGAACUUGAAAGACUCCUCAAAGAAGGACUUUAAAAAUUCUCCGAAAGAUAAAAAAGAUUACAAAGGACCUAAGAAAGACUUCAAAGGUCCUAAGAAAGAUUUCAAAAAUGGAAAGCCAGGUGAUAAGUUUAAUAAAUUCGGUAAAGGCAAAGGGAAUUUCACAAAAGGAGCAAACAACAAGUUUGGCAAAGAUCAGAACAGCGGGGAGAAGCCAAAAUGGUCGGAAAUGAGAAAGGAAAAGAAGCAACUCCGACUGGUGAGACGCAAGGCGAAGACUUCUGCAGAGGUGUUUGAGAUUGCCAACAAGGCAAAGCUACUCGCUGCUCAGAUUCAAAGGAAAGUAGUAAAGCCAGACUUCCGUUUAACGGCUUGCAAGGAACUACACUCUAUACUAAAAGGGCAAUAUAAGGCCAUAGCCCUCACUCACGACCUCACCCGAGUCAUCCAAGUACUCCUCAAGCACAGCGAAGAAGACAUCCGGAACGAAAUAACCGAAGAACUCCUUGAUCUCAUGGUGCCCAUGGUCCAGUCAAAAUAUGGCCAACAUGCUGUGAAAAGAAUUCUGAAAUACGGAUCAGAUAGCAUUCGGCAUAAAGUUAUUAAUAAGUUCUUCGGACAUAUUGUGUCGCUGUCUACGCACACAAUUAGUGCACCGGUGUUGGAUUAUGCAUAUGGCGAGUUUGGUACUAAGAAGGAGAAGCAACAUAUGCAGCAGGAGUUUUAUGGUGAUAUAUAUAAAAAUACAAAGGAUAACAAGGUGCACACUUUGAGCGACACAUACAAAGACAGCCCGGAGAUGAAGACUGCCAUACUUCAGUCCUGCCAGGCCAACAUUCAGAAGAUCUUGAACAAGAAUCUACAUGAUGGAGAAUUACUGCACUCCGUGUUGUAUGACUACAUCCGUGAAUGCAGCGAGGAGGAACGCACGGAGCUGGUGACAACACUCGCGCCGCUCAUAGUGCCGCUCAGUAACUCGCUGCCCGGCGCUAAUGCGGCCAGCAUCUGUGUGUGGCAGGGCUCUAACAAAGAUAAAAAGACUAUACUGAAGGUGGUGAAAGAGCACGCAGUGGCCCUGGCGAAGCACAAGACCGGCUACCGUCUCCUGCUGGCCAUCUUCGACGCCGUGGACGACACAGUUCUGGUCCGGAAGGCCAUCGUGUCAGCCCUGGAGCCGCAUAUACAUGAGCUGGCGAAGGACCAUUGGGGGAUCAUGACCCUCCACUGGCUAGUCAAGCCCAAGGACCCUGGCGCGUUCCAUCCCAGUCUCAUCAAGUUCCUCGAAGAAGGCUUCAAAAGCGGGACCUCCAAGAAGGACGCCGCCAUUCGCGUGGCUGAGUUGAGAGAAGCUAUCUUACCAGCUAUAGUGAAAGACAUCGCUUCCGAUCCGGAGUUCUGGGUCAGCGAGAAGACUAUAAUGCUUUUGGCAGUGGCUGUACUUUCUAUAGAAUCCAAGGAAGAAAUCGUAUCAGGCCUAGCUGAGGCGAUCUGCCGCCCCGACUGGACUGUAGGCGACGGACUAGCGAUAGAGGACGCCGGCAUGCACAUGUGUUUGAAGAAACUCGCUGCGCUCGACCAGGGCAAGGACGGUGGGACUUUGGGAGAGGCGGUGUGUAGCCGGCUUAAUGAAGACAUGAUCAAAGUGUGGCUGCCCACCAAUCGCGGUUGCUUCUUCCUGCUAAAGCUGAUCGAGAGCAACCGGCCAGAAGUAGCCAGCAAGAUCAAGAAGAAGCUCAAACCCCACGUGGAACUGCUGAAAAAGCAGAAGACAGAAGGAGCGAAGCUGCUGUUACAGAACGUUCAGAGUAAAUAAAGAAGUCUGGUUUA